AUGGAAUACGACUACGUGAUCGUGGGCGGUGGAACAGCAGGCUGUGUCCUAGCCCACCGUUUGUCCGAAGACCCAAACAUCUCGGUAUUGGUCAUCGAAGGCGGACCGAGCGAUCAAAAUCUGGACUCCGUAUUGCAACUGAAAAACUGGAUCAACCUGUUGAAUGGUCCCCUCGAUUAUAGCUAUCCAAUCAAGGAGCAAUCUCGGGGGAACAGUCACAUAAUUCAUAGCAGAGCAAAGGUUUUAGGUGGCUGUAGUAGCCACAAUACCUUGAUUAGUUUCUUCCCCUUCCCUGAAGACAUGGAUGAUUGGGUCCAAGCUGGUGCUCAAGGCUGGGAAUGGGACAAGUUCAAAGUAUACGCCGGAAGAGUCAAAUCUCACAUCCAACCCGUUGCUAAAAAGGAUCAGAAUUCCCUCGCUGGAGCUUUCAUAGAUGCGACCCACGAAGCCCUCAACCUACCCAAAAUCGCCGAUUUCGCCCAAUGGAUGAAAGCCGGAGGUCAAUCUCCUUGGCGAGAGGGUGUCGGAUGGCUCAGCGUCGCGUACCAUCCUGAGACUGGUACCAGAUCUAGCGCCAGUGUGGCCUACGUCCACGAAAUCCUUGGGAAGAGAAAAAACUUGACAAUUUGGUUCGAAGCCUGGACUAGCAAGUUGGUUGUCUCUGGACCGCAGAAAGCUGUCACCGGCGUCGAAGUCGAACUCAAGGACGGGCGGAAGGUUUUUGUCAAAGCGAAGAAGGAAGUCUGCUUGUGCGCCGGGGCCAUCGAUUCGCCAAGACUCCUACUUUUAUCGGGCAUCGGGCCUCGAAAGCAAUUGGAAGAUCUCAACAUUCCGGUUGUUCACCACCUUCCAGGGGUCGGUGAAAACUUACUCGACCACCCAGAAACAAUAAUCAUGUGGAGGACCGGUCCUCAGCCUUUGCAGACCGUCAUGAAGUCCGAGGUAGCCUAUUUCAAUCGCCGGCCUGUGGCCACAGACUCACGGCCGGACAUGAUGAGUCACAUAUACCAAAUUCCGUUCGCCGAGAAUACCGAGCGCCUAGGCUAUCCUCGUCCAGAGCACGCAUUUUGUGUCACUCCCAACAUACCAAGACCGAAAUCGAAAGGGAAAUUAUAUCUUACCACAAGCAAUCCAAAAGUCAAACCUGAGUUGGACUUUCAAUAUUUCACGGAUCCCGAGGACUACGAUGCUCAAGUUUUAGUUGAUGGGAUCAAGCAAGCAAGACUAAUAGCCAAGUCUGAACCCUUCAAAAGUUGGCUGUUAGAAGAAGUUGCCCCUGGCCCGAAGGUACAAUCCGACGAGGAUUUGAGUCUCUAUGCUCGAAAAGCUUCGCAUACUGUCUAUCAUCCAGCUGGGACUUGCAAGAUGGGGUCAGUUGAAGAUGAAAUGACAGUGGUCGACCCCAACAUGAGAGUUAAAGGAAUGAAGAAUAUCAGGAUAAUCGACGCCUCAAUCUUUCCAAGCAUGAUCAGUGUCAAUCCCAUGAUCACAGUCAUGAUGAUCGGGGAAAAGGCAAGCGAUUUAAUCCUCCAGGACUACUACGACAUUCCUAGCAAAUUGUGA